AUGUGGAUCUUCAUCGUGACCCUUUCCUCUCUCAUCUUAUGCUCAACUACAGAAGAGUUACUCUUUGCAGAGGGGACACCUUGUUCUAAGUAUCAAGUGGCUUUCAACCAUUCGUGCUAUGAGAUUGUGAGACUCCAGCGCUCUUUCACAAGUGCCCAGAGCUGGUGUGAGAGAGGAGGAGGCCAUCUUGUCUUUAUUGAAAAUGAAGAAACCCAAAAGUUCUUGGAGGAGCAUAUCUCUGAGGACAAGGAGUGGUGGAUCGGGAUAACUUACAGUUCCUCUCUGAAUGAAACUACGGAAGGUCCCAUGAUUUGGCUGGAUACCUCCAACAUCACCUACAGCAAGUGGCACCAAGAUCCACCUUUGGUCCUGAGUUCUGCAUGCGGGUACAUCGUGAAGAACUCGGGCUACGAGUGGGGUGUCACAGAGAACUGCAGCCAGGAGUUUGACUUCAUCUGCGAGUUUGAAUCGGGCCACAGUAUGGCUUGUGACAAUUUCAAUGCCACGGUACAGUGUGGGUCAGGGGACGUGAUUCAGAUUGGGGAAAGUUUCUAUGGACGGAAAACUCCCCACUAUUGCGUGCUGGAGACUCCCCUGCAGUUUGAUGUGGAAGAAGAAUGUAGCUGGAUCAGCGUAAAGGAUGAAGUGGCAGGGCAAUGUCAUGGGCUGCAAGCAUGUCAAGUGGCAGCUGACGGAACCUUCUUUGGAGAUCCUUGUCCAGGUUUGGGAAGCUACCUGUCUAUUCAGUAUCACUGCAUGGAAGGCUUGCGACUGGCUGCGACGGAGACAAGCUUUGUUUCUGAGAACAUCACGAUCUCAUUGAAAUGGCUUCUCUCUCCCUACUCUGGCAACCUCUCAUGCAUCAUUAGCACAGGAGAUGGAAACACGAUCGAUCCUUACUACCCGCCAACUUUGUCUAGCAAUGUGACCUACAGCUACACAUCUCCAGGUGAAUUCACCAUCUUUGUAGAAUGCACCACCAGCGAAUGGCACGUGACGGCCCAGACACUGACGACCGUCCAAGAUAAAAUGGAUGAGCUGAUUGUCACCGGCUGCUUCAGCAAGUACGAAGCCGGGAAUGGCUCUCAUUGCCGAACUCUUUACGAGGAAACGUUAUGGAUCCAAGUGGCCCUUAACGGAGGUAGUGGCGUGACCUACAGAGUGGUAGCAGAUAACAAAACUCUGAUGGAGUCCAGUGUCCAGGCAGGUAUAGUUCCCCACAAUCUGACCUUGGAUGUCACAUCUCAACAGCUGCUUGGCCCUGGGGUACAUCACCUCAAGAUUGUUGCCUCCAGCAAUACCACAGAAUCAGAAAUUUCAGAAGGCCUUACCGUUCGUUUAGUUGAACCAAUCGCUCGUCUUCAAGCCACAUUAACCUCCAGCUUAGUGGAAUUAGGAGAAGAUCUGGAGAUAAAGGUCUCUGCACCUCAUGGGGAACCCGAAAAGCUGAGGUUUGAGGUGAUUGGACUGAAUGAAACCUUUUCCCAUUUGAAGGAUGGUCCUGAAAGAGAAAACCAAACCUACAGGAUUCCAGCGAAAUUGGAAGGUACUUUUCUUGUCAAGGUGCUUGCCAUGAACGCAUUCUCAAAUAUGAGCAUUGAUGUAGGAACAGUCACCAUCUCGUCCAACAGCUCUGACCCUCCUGAAGACAAACAGCAAGCUGACAUGAGUGCCAAAAUGAGAUCUGAUAACAGCAGGGAAAAGCGAAUAUACAUUAAGCCCAGUCGCCACGCUGGCAUCUUUGCAGCAGUUAAUCUUGGCUGGCCUGAAGACAGCAACACCUCCCUGUACUCGUGGUCUUGCGGCUACUGCUGGCCAGAGUGGACAGAAUGUAUUCAACGGCGAUCAAUCCUCACUGACCAAAGAGAGAUAUGGAUUCCGCCCACCUGCUUGCCUUCUCCAAGCUCGGCAGUGACUGUGAAAGUUACUGUUCAAACUCCAGAGAAGGAGACGAAGCAGGAUGAGCAGUGUCUCUAUUUGACAGCCAAACGGGAGCUGAGCAUGCAAAUCAGUUGCAAUGUGAACUGCAAGCCGGUGAAUAUCACUGAAGAUGUUACUCUCAGAGUGUCUGCAGAGACAGACUCAAAGGAUACUUUCUAUAAGUGGUAUUUAGAUAAUACUUUCCACAGAAAGCCCAGUCCACUCCCGCCAGGCUGUAACUUGAACGGCUUCCGGCAGAGCAAUCUUACGUUGCUUCAGAGCAAUACAACAGUGUUGGUGUUGAACAAUUCCUUCCUGCAGACGCAAAGAGAAGCCUUUAGAAUUAAAGUGACAGCAACGAGUGAGCACAAAUACGGUGAAGAAACUUACGUCGUAAGCACCGUGCCUCCUCCUGCAGUCCCAGUAUGUACUGUAUCCCCGAAGGAAGGAUCAGUGCUUACCAUCUUCUCCAUCUCCUGCCGCUCUCCCUGCCUGGAGGACCAGUGCCUUCCAGUGGAGAGCUCCUCACUGACAUAUUGUUUCUAUCUAGAGCCAAAUUCUCUCCUACACUGUGGCCAAGAUCCUGACCUAACCUCGGUUUACCUUCCACUUGGCAAAGAGGACAAUGACUUCCUUUUACAUAUUACCAUUGGUGUGAGUAACAGCUAUGGGGACACCGUCCACACAAAGGCCACAGUUAGGGUUCAAGAUGGAGAUAUAAACACCGGGAACCAGACCCUGCAGGCCAUUCUAUCAGAAAAAUCAAACACCAUCCUCAAAGGAGGGAACAGCAGCGUGUCCCUGUUCCAGUUGUACAAGUCCGUAUCUUCAGUCCUUAACCAAGAGACAAAUGACGAGAGCGCUAAUUCAUCUCUGCGGACAGAUGCACGGAAAGAGCUGAGAGAGCUAAUGUUGACCACUCUGUCAGCUGUCAAUGUAACGUCCAUGCAGACGGCGCUCAAGAUGUCCGAAGUGCUCAAAGAAGUCACUUACAGGAGUGAAGAGCUUUCUUCCUCUGCGCAGGUAGAAGCCGGCAAUACCCUGAAGGAUGUCAGUGAAUCCUUGCUGAUUGUCACCCCUGAAGAUGGGGAGGAUGAUCAGAUGCGCAAGGAUGCUGUCAUCUACCUGUUUAGCGCAGUGAAUAAUGUUCUUGAAGCUACUGUGCAGAACGGAACAGAGGAGGCUUCUACCUCAGAGUCCAAGCAGAGUUUGGUGUCCCAGCAAUUACUGACCACUGUGGACAAUCUCCAGAGUGCCCUCCUCAUUGGGAAACUCCCCGACAAUGAACCCACAGUGCUGACCGAGCCCUCGGUGUCUAUGUAUAUCAACAGGUUACAGACAGAUGAUGUGGACAGCACCUCCAUUAAUGUCUCCAACUCCAGCACAGCCAGUUUCACCUUGCCUUCUGCCUCUUCUCUCAGCAUCUCAGAAGCCAUUCAUGAGACAGUGGACGUACGGAUGGUGAGCUUUUCCAUGAAUCCCUUUUCCUCAACUGACAGCUUUAAUAUCCAAGGAACUGUGGGAGGCCUCACCCUCACUAGCCUAGAUGGGUCGGUCAUUCCAGUUAGGAACCUGACAGAAGACAUUGAGAUAAUGCUGCCAAGGAGUUCAGAAGUCCAAGAAGACAGGAGUGUGUUGAAUCUGGGAAACUUCAGUGCAGUCCAAGUCAAUGUGACCUCAAUAAAUACGACUUUAGUGAUCCAUCUGGAGCUGGACCAAGACACUCCACUUAUCCUGUAUCUGGGAUAUGGCUAUUAUCCCAAUGAGACUGACCACGAUUUGAUAACACAUCUUCCUUUCAGCAGAAACACUAGAGAAACGGCAUAUUCCUGGAUUCUUCACCCAGAAGACCUCAUUUUUGGAGAAGGAACAUACUAUUUCAUAGUGAGAGCGGAAACAGAACUGGGGCCGAUAGCCCUCAGUGACAUAAACCUCUCCGUCACUUGCUUUGUAUCCCAGUGUGUGUUCUGGGAUGAGCACCAAGGAAACUGGAAUAACUAUGGAUGUCAUGUUGGGCCCAAAACAACCCCCAGCGGCACCCAGUGUCUCUGUAACCAUCUGACAUUCUUUGGGAGCUCCUUCUUUGUCAUGCCCAAUACCAUUGACGUCAGCAAAACUGUGGAGUUAUUUGCCACGUUUGUGGACAAUCCCGUGGUCGUGUCAACCGUAGGCUGCAUCUUCCUUGUGUACCUGCUGGUUCUGAUCUGGGCCAGAAGAAAAGACAUCCAAGACAAUGCCAAAGUGAAGAUAACAGUGCUGGGGGACAACGACCCCUUUGCUCAGUAUCGCUAUCUAGUCACUGUUUUCACAGGGCACCGCCGAGGGGCAGCCACGACUUCCCAGGUGACCCUCACUUUGUAUAGCCAGGAAGGCGAGAGUGAACCACAUCACCUGGUGGAUCCCGAGAUGCCGGUCUUUGAGCGAGGAGGAGUGGAUGUGUUCCUUCUUUGUACUCUCUUUCCUCUGGGGGAACUACAGAGCAUCAGGCUGUGGCACGACAACUCGGGAGACAGCCCGUCCUGGUAUGUGAACCGUGUGCUAGUCCAUGAUGUUGCCACAGAUCAUAAAUGGUAUUUCCUCUGUAAUUCUUGGCUAGCCAUUGAUGUUGGAGAUUGUGUCCUAGAUAAGAUGUUCCCUGUAGCCACUGAGCAGGAUAUGAAGCAGUUCAGCAAUCUGUUUUUCAUGAAGACCUCCAAGGGUUUCCAAGAUGGACACAUCUGGUAUUCUAUUUUCAGCCGCUCCCCCCGCAGCUCCUUCACGCGAGCCCAGCGAGUGUCCUGCUGCUUCUCACUCCUCCUGUGCACCAUGCUGACCAGCAUCAUGUUCUGGGGGGUGCCUAAGGACCCAGCUGACCAGAAAAUGGAUUUAGGUAAGAUAGAAUUCACGUGGCAAGAGGUGAUGAUUGGCUUCGAGAGCUCUCUCCUCAUGUUCCCCAUCAACUUGUUCAUUGUGCAAAUCUUCAGAAACAUCCAGCCUCGGCCUAACAGAGAGAAGAAGAUGGGGAAAAGUGGACGGGUAUCCCCCAGUCUACUUGCUCCUCCCCAUCAAUCUACCCAGAGUAUAUCACUCACUCCUGAGGCCGUGAUCAAGGACAUCAAGAGAAUUGCCAACUCCCUGUUUAAAACCCUCAGGGCUCCAUUCCCUUCCUUAGAGCCUGAUUGGGGGAAAUCUACAGACAUCAAUAAGCUCUUGGCCUUAGUGGAGGACAUCAUCUGUCAGCAGAACAGAGUGGGACAGGAAUUUUACGAGGAGAGCAAGAAGAAAGAUGACCCCAUUAUCAUCAGUCUCGGUUUGGUAGAUUUACAAGAAAGGAUCCCAACUCCAGAGAGACAGAUGGGUGAAAGGCUGAAACACCGGGACUACAACCGUUGCCUCUACAUGCAGCUGCAGAAUGUAGAGACAGAACUGGGUCUACUGGGAGCUCACCGAUUCCAGAACCCACAAAGCUAUUCCCAGGCUGUACGGCAGGUUCAGCAUAUGAAGGACUUCCUGGAAAGUCAGCUCUGUCCUGCAGCAUCGAUCAGUGAGAGGGGCUCACCUACUCCCAGCCUUCCAGGAGAGGGUAAGAGGGACCCAACACCCAGAGGCCUGCCCUGGUGGUCUGUGUUCAUUGGCUGGUUCCUGGUGGCCGUCACUAGUGGUGUAUCUGGAUUCUUCACAAUGCUUUAUGGGCUACAUUAUGGCAAGGAGAACUCCAUCAAGUGGCUGAUCUCCAUGGCCAUCUCCUUCUUUGAAAGCCUUUUCAUCACACAGCCCUUAAAGGUUCUGGGAUUUGCUGCUUUCUUCGCCCUGGUUCUGAAAAAGGUGGAGCAGGAAGACGAGGAGAACACAGCUAUUGACGGAUCACUGUCUGCCCCAGGUGACUCAAACCCUCUCUUUGGAGCCCGCAGAGACAGUGGGAGCAACAUCUACCAGCCUCCCCCUGCUACCGAUGUUGAGAAAAUGAAGAACAACCACAUAAAGGAGCAGAAAGCAUUUGCCCUGAUUAGAGAAAUAUUGGCCUACUUGGGUUUCUUGUGGAUGUUGUUGUUGGUUGCCUACGGCCAGCGUGAUCCUAACUCCUAUUACCUGAAUAAACAUAUCGAGAGUAGCUUCACCGAUGGAUUCCAAGAUAUCUUCAGUUAUCAGGAUUUCUUCAAGUGGGCCCGGACAACUUUAGUCAACAAUUUAUAUGGCCCAUAUCAAGGCUUCAUCACAGAUGGGAAUUCCAAGCUGGUGGGCAGUGCUCGGAUUCGUCAAGUGAGGGUAAAGGGUGACACCUGCCCCAUAGAUCCUAGAUUGCUGCUGACUGUUCAAGAAUGCCACGCAUCUUAUUCUUUUGAUGCAGAAGACAGGUCAGACUAUGGAGAAUGCUGGAAUGUCUCUUCCACGGAUAAUUCUUCAGAGCUGAGUUCUGCAUGGCAAUAUCAGAGCCAAUCCAAACUGAGAGGGCACUCAAUCUGGGGUAAACUGGCAGUCUACAGAGGUGGAGGAUAUGUGGUUCACCUGGGGACAGAUUCCCGUAAUGCUUCCAGAAUUCUCGAGUACCUCUUCAACAACAUCUGGUUGGACAUCUUUACAAGAGCCGUGUUUGUUGAGUUUACGGUCUACAACGCCAAUGUGAACCUCUUCUGCAUCAUAAGCCUCAUGUUUGAAACCAACGCUUUAGGGGCCUUCUUCACACGGGCUGAGCUGCAGAGUGUCCGGCUUUAUCCAUACACAGAUGGUCUACAUAUCUUUGUGGUAGCAGCAGAAGUGAUUUAUUUCCUCUUUGUCAUCUACUACAUGGUAGAACAGGGAAAGCUCAUGCGUGCUCUGAAAUGGAACUACUUCCGCAGCAAGUGGAACCUUCUGGAACUGGCCAUCAUCUCAAUCAGCUGGAGUGCGCUGUUGGUGUUUGCAAGACGCACCAUCCUGGGCUUACGGGACAUCAGCUACUACCAGGAGCAUAAAGACGAGUUUGCCAGUUUCAAUGAGACGGCAACGGUUGAUGCAGUUCUGGGCUACCUGAUCGCCGUCUUGGUGCUUCUCUCCACCGUGAAGCUCUGGCACCUCCUGAGGCUGAACCCCAAAUUGAACAUGAUCACCUCCACCCUGCGGAGAGCCUGGGGGGACAUCUCGGGAUUCGCUACUGUGAUUAUCAUCAUGUUCCUUGCCUACUCUGUAGCUACAAACUUGAUAUAUGGCUGGAAGCUGAACUCGUACAAAACCCUCUUUGAUUCAGCAGAGACAAUGGUCAGCCUUCAGUUGGGAAUCUUCAACUAUGAAGAGGUCCUGGAUUACAAUCCCAUUUUGGGCUCCUUCUUAAUUGGCUCAUGCAUUAUUUUCAUGACGUUUGUGGUGCUGAAUCUAUUUAUUUCAGUGAUCCUUGUUGCUUUCAGCGAGGAGCAGAAACAUUACCAGGCAUCAGAUGAGGAAGAAAUUGUUGACCUGAUGCUGAUGAAAAUCUGUAGCUUUCUUGGAAUUAAAUGCAAAACUGAUCCUAAACCUGCCUGCGACAAGCUCCCAGAAGAACCCGCAAGCAACUAA